CCCUGAGAGUGAUUGUUGCAGGCAUGAUGAGGAGAUGAACCGUGGACACGCCUUAACCAAGUUCGAGGCAUGUUUACUUCGUACAUAUAUGAACGUUUCGAACAUGACCGCAGACAGUUUUUGUAUCACCGAUGUGACAUGGCAGGCCUCUGACAGCGUCUGCAGACCGCCGUUUGUAUGAUGUAUCGGCAGUGAGUGUGUGUGAGCCGCGAGCACACACAAUCGUCGACGUUAUUCAUCCGAAGGGGUGCUUGUGGCAGGGGCAGCCCGGCGGCGGCGAGGAUGGACGAGGCGGCGGCGGCGGCCGACCAGCGAGGGGACUACGCCGUUCUGACGCCCAUGGCACCGGCGUACGCGGACUCGACCGCCGGCUACGCCCCCAACUUCCUCCGUGGCCAUCAAGGGGCCGGCGUAGACUUCAGCCACCUCCAGGGGGCCCCCGUACCGGCGGCAGGGGAGCUGUGCGAAGACGACUCGGCGGUCCUCACGGGCGACUCCGACGAUUCCUGCUCCGACAAGGCCGUCGCGGACCCGUUCUCGCCGGAGUGCAAGAUCCCGCUGCCAGUACCCUACUCGGCGUACGACUGCUGGCUGGAGCCGGGCUUCAUCCGGCGUCGCAACGAGCGAGAACGGCAGCGAGUGCGCCACGUCAACGAGGGCUUCGAGCGCCUGCGUAGCCACCUGCCCCUCUCGCCCAGGGACAAGGACAAGAGGCUCAGCAAGGUCGAGACGCUGCGCUGCGCCAUCGGCUACAUCGGACACAUGCAGGCGCUGCUCAGGCGGCAUGCCGACGAACGGGAGAACCAGUAGCAUUGUUGACGAAUGCAUGGGCUAGCAUAGUUCAUUUUAACGGGUAAUACUAAACAGCUCAGGGGCACAGACAAAUAGAAGACCGAAGACAAACACGAAGAAGUCUUCCGUGUCCCUGCGCUGUUUAUUACAUAGCAUGUACACAUGUGCACCCUGCGAUCCAACCGAGUCUAGUGCUCUGAGGAAAUCAUGCUUGCACUUGACUGCACAUGUUUUAUGCGGUGUAGGUCCAAUAAUUAUGACUGGUUUGAACGAGACCCAUUGUACCAAUUCACCCAGUAAGCAGUAUAUAAGUACACCAUGAUCCUACUAUUGUCACGAAAGCUUUGCCGGUGAAAAAAACAAACAAAACACUAAGCUAAUGUGCGACUCUGUCAGAGUGCUCCGAGAACGUCGUGGUUGCGUGUGACUGCACAGUUUUCUACGCUGUAGAUUCAACCCAACGAUUCCUUUGAACUAGACCCACUGUAUUGACACCCAGUAAGCUGUAGUACAAUGACUUCAUCGUGCUGUUGUCAUGAAAGCUUGAUGGUCGAAACAAUAGAGAUCUCAAAUGUAUACGAUGGCGGAUUACGCUGGAAAUGUUCCGGCGAGUGGCACGUAGAGUUUAUUCUGCCUUUUAGAGCGCAGCUCUUAGGCGCCCGUUUCCGGCUUGAGCGGCGUCGACGUCG